GGGCGGGCUGUUUAGGAUAGCUGAUGCCAGGAAUCGAAACUUAUCUGUGGACCAGACUUUGGUUUACUUCCUCCUCCGCUCCACUCCGCGUAAGCGCUAGGCUACCAACACUACUAUUGUGAUUAUAGUGUUAAUUUCACGACAUGAAGCUCGUGUAAUCAAAGUUUUCCAUCGGUGAACUUACUCACUGCAUCAGGUAGGUGCGCUGUGUUUGCGGAGGACCUCCACGGAACUAUAAAGCAGAGGCACAUCGGGCUGCAGGGGGCAUGAGAGCUGAGGGCUGACUGUUUGGUGGAAGAUGGUUUUAGCUGAACACCAUCCUUCUGCAGAACACCACUGGCUUUUUUGUUAAUAAUCCACUUGUUCUACUGCUCUCCCUCUCCAGUGAAGAAGCAUGGACCCUGUCAGAGAGAGGAGAAGGCAGGAGAUAAGCAAAGGUCUGGCCUUCCUACAGUCUUCUCUGGCUUAUCCUGAGCCCGAGUGCUACCAGAACUUCCUAACCCGCCUGGUGUGCAACCUGCUUGACGAAGGCAAUGCCUCACUCACAGACGGAGAGUCGGAGGAGGCUGUGAAACAUUUCAGUGAAGCCCUAAACAUCUCACACUAUGCAGACGAAGAAGAAGACAUCCAGAUUCCUAAAGCUCAGCUGGAGAGCCUGUACGUGGACCGGGCCUCUGCCUUCCACAGGAUGGGAGAAUAUGAAAAGGCUGUGAUUGACUGCGACAGUGCUCUGGAGCUGUGUAAGGAGAACCACAGGGCUCUGUACACGAAGGCACUUUGUUUGAAAGAGCUCGGGAAAUAUAAGGAGGCGUACUACUGCACUACAGACUGUCUGCUCCUCAACCGUCUGGGCCGAGAGGUGAAUGAGCUGGCACAAGAUCUGGCCGUGCACCUGGGAUUGAAAAACAAGAAGCCAUACGUCAGCAAAAAUGUUGGUGCACAGAAAAUUGAAAUUGUCACUAAUGGAAACACGACGACUAACGGCAACCAGGUGUCUGCUGCCAGAACAGGAAAUGGGAUUAAUCUUCCCAGCAACAUUGCAUUUGUCAACUUACCCAGCAUGCCUCAGUCCGCACUCACCUCAGAAUCUCAAAGCGGCCCCCAAAGGGGUGUCAACUCAGGCCUGGACUCACUGGACUCACUGGACACCCUGGACUCACUGGACACUCUGGACAUUCUGGACACCAUGGACACCAUGGACGACUGUGAGCUGAUAGGAGAAGACAUAGACAGUCUGCUGGACUGUGUUUCAACCAGGCAGGAGACACCUGAGGUGGCUUUCCCAGCCUCCAACAGGACUUCCAGCAGCACACACACCCUCCCUUCAGGCCUGCCUGCCCCGACACCUCAGCUGCCCCCUGCCUUCUUCACUUCAGCCGUCAGCCAACUCAACUCCCUGGAUUCCUUUUCAGGCAUCAGUCACGGCAUCGCCGCCACAGUACUGGAUACUCUGGACAACCUUCUAGAGCCCCAGGGUCUGGAUGCCUUUGAAAAAUUCCCUGGACCUGGAUUUGGUGCGGCCGUGCCAAAUGGAGGACUGACAUCCGCAGCAGUCGGGAGUUUGAAUGGCCUUGAUUCACUGGAUGAUUUCUUACAUACAACCACAAGGGGUGCUGCUGCUGCAACUAACGAUAUCCUACUGAAAACAGAAAAACAUGGAAAGAAAAAGUCCUACAAUAACAUCCUAGAUGACCUGGAGCACGGGGAUCCAGCCUGUCACGCUGCUGAAAAAUUACAGUUUGGUUUCGUAGUGGACCAGCUGGACUCCCUCGAUGUCCUGGACUCUUUUGGCUCAGAAGAAAAAGUCAGUGUGUCUCUGCCAGCUGAAUUCAAACCAACUGAUACUCAGGAUUUAUCAGGCUGCCAUGUUGCUGCAGCUCCAGUGAAGUUUUGUCCAAAGAAUGGCUACAAAGAAAACAAAGCGACAUCAGCAGCAGGUUAUAACUCUCUGUCCUCCACCCAUGAGUUUCUUCAGGCCUGCUCCCUCUGUUUUCCCUGUCAAGGUCCAGGGAUUUAUUCCUACGUCCAUAAACCAGGUCUGGCCCACAGCUGUUCACGAGACAUUCUGUUAUGUAGAAGAAAGAAGACUCCGCCCUCAGAGUGGACCAGAGUGCGACCCAUUCCUCCGUGCACAUCCUUCAAAGGGCCUUUUGUGCUUUGCAAAGAGGUGCUCAGCUCUAAACUCGGUGUAUGUAAGUACGGAGAGGACUGCACUUUUGCCUACAACCAGCUGGAGAUCGACGUGUGGACAGAGGAGAGAAAAGGAACACUGGACAGAAGCCUGUUGUUUGAGACCAAACUGGACCCUGUGAACCGGAUCAUACGCCUGCUACAGGAGCACAGGGGCACGUACCUGUUCCUUUGUCAGGAGUGUUACGACAGUAAGCCCAGAAUUAUCAGUAAACGCUGCAAAGAAAAUCCCACCCUGUGCUCUAACGUCAACACGCGCCACACAUUUGAUGCUAAUAAGUGUCUGGCGUUUGUGAUGAGGACCCACAAUGUGAACUUCAGAAAGGUGCGUCCACUCGGUGUCCUGUGCUGCUUGGAUUUAUGUCAGAAUGCCAUCAGGUACGGCUGCCAGAGAGAGGACACCUGUCUGUACGCCCAUUCCUUGAUAGAGCUCAAAACCUGGAGGGUGCAGCGUCAAACAGGUAUCAGCCCAGAAGAGAUUGUAAAAGUGUCCACACAACAUUAUGAAAAACAGGAACAAAUCUUCUUAAAACAGAGGGGGAAUAAAGCGCCGUUGGCAUUUGAAGGUAGCAAAGCAAAGAGUUGGGGAGGAGGAGCAGCAGGAGGAGAAGGAGGAGCGAGAAAGAAUCAGAACAUGACAUUAAAGUUGGCCUGUGCUCAGUGCUGGAGAGACGGACAGAUCACUGAGGCAGAUAAAGCCCUUAAAUACUGCAACGCCAAGGCCCGACACGUGUGGUCAAAGGACAGACGAAUUCUGCUGGUCAGGUCUUUAGAACGAAGCAAAUGGGUCCACGUCAGACCUGUGCCUCAUUCCAAGAACUUCCCCUUGCAAUACGAAAUGUGUGCCCAGAUUUUAAAGAAAAACAAAUGCAACUACACCGGACUCUGCACUUUCGCUCACAGCCAGGAGGAGAGAGAAUUGUGGAUGUAUAUGAAGAAACAUCACUUGCUGGACAUCCAGCAGGCCUACGACACCUGGCUGACCACGUCGACCCACAAUCGCCAAGCAGAUGAAGCCACAGCCUACCAGUCCACCCCAGAAGAAAAAUGUAUCGUCAUGCCAACCGACUUUGCUGAACAGAUGAUCGGCUUUCACUGCCACCUCUGCGGCCGGACCAGUAACAGCGAGCGGCAGUGGCAGCAGCACAUCUCCUCUGAGAAGCACAAGGCCAGAGUGUUCAGCUUUGAAGGAGAAGAUGAGGCUAUAACCUGGGACCACCGCUUCCCGGGAAAACACUUUGAACUCUGCCCACGGUUAAAAGGUGGCUGCCCUGAUGGCGUGAGCUGUGACUACGCCCACAGUCCGGAGGAACUUGCGGAGUGGAAAGACAGAAGAGAUUUUCUACGACAGAAGCUGGCCAAAGCCCGGGAGGAUAAGCUCGUCAAGCCUGACGAGGUUGACUUUGGAAACUACAACUUUCUGCUGAACGAUUGAGGAGAUCUCACCAAAACUCAAUAUUUGGAUCUGCCAAGGUAGCAAAUUGAUCUGCCAAACCCAACCAGACAGAAGUC